GGAUGCCCCGGGUGUCUGCGACCCUCCGUGGCAGGGCAAAGCCACGGGGGCGGGCCGGGAACGCCACGCCGGCCCCAGGGAACCAGACAGGCACCUGUGCUCAGCUCCAUCCGCCCCCUCGAGGCACCUUGCAAGUUGUCCGUGGAGAUGGCACCUCACUGGGGACUGUGCUCAUGUUCCACUGCCCCUCUGGACACCAGAUGGUGGGGUCUGGCCUCCUCACUUGUGCCUGGAAUGGGAGUGUCGCUGACUGGUCUUCAGGAAGCCCUGUAUGCAAAGCUGUGCCACCGCACGAGACCUUCGGCUUCAAAGUGGCAGUGAUCGCCUCCAUCGUGAGCUGCGCCAUCAUCCUGCUCAUGUCCAUGGCCUUCCUCACCUGCUGCCUCCUCAAGUGCAUGAAGAAGGGUGAGCAGCGGCGUGCCGACAGGACGGCACAGCUUUGGUACCAGCUGAGAGGCGAGGACCUGGAGACGGUACAAGCUGCCUACCUGGGCCUCAAGGGACACAACUACAACAGCAGCAGCAGCAUCAGUGGUGGCCAUGGUAGUGCCGGAGGUGGCGGCGGCGGAGGCAAGCCAGGGAUUCAGCACAGCCAGGCCCAUGACAACCACAGCUUCUCCACAGACCUCAGCGACAUCAGAGAGCAGGCUGGUAUGGCCCGCAGUGUGGACAAAGACCCCUGGACUUUUGGGAUGGGAACUCUGAGCCCUGGUGGCUCCUCCAGCUCUCCAUGCACUUACGUGAUGGUCCACGCUGUGAACUCUGCAGGGCCGGCCCCUGGAAUGCCUAUGAGGCCCAAAGUCUACCUUCCAGGGUGACCCCACUAGCCAGAGGCCUGCAACUCAACACUUGCCCAGCUGGAGAUGUGCCAGGGAAGUCACUUCCAGGUAUAGGGAGCUCUUGGGAGCCUAGCUGACACGAAAGGCUGAGGCCCCAGCAGGGAACCGUCUGUCCCGGAGGAGACCUGUGGCUGUUACAGGACCCACUCAUUGAACUGCUACGGGAACGAGGUCCCAAAGAAGCUGCGCCAUGACCAGGGUUCUUUUACAGAGACUGAGAAAUUUUAAGCAGAUAUAGUUUUGCAUAAUAGAAUAUGAAAAUGUUAAUAAAGUACUUUCAGCAAUACAGAUAGCCAGCACCUCAUUCAUGGCCUGCAAGCAGGGACCUCUUGGACUUUCAUCUGUAAAUUGCAGGUGGGAGAAAUAAAUGUGUUUUCUUUGCAUAAAAACAUAAAGGUGGGCAUGGGAGUGGUUCAGUUGGCAGAAUUCUUGUCUAGCAAACAGAAUCCCCUGCACCACAUAAACAAGGUAGAGUGGAAAGAGGAGGAUCAAGGCCAUCCUCAACCACAUACUAAGUUCAAGGCUAGCCUGGGCUAUAGGAGACCCUGUCUAAAUAAACUAUAGAGCCGUGCAGUGGUGCCCACAUGCCUUUAAUCCUAACACUCAGGAGGCAGAGGCAGGUGGAUCUCUGUGAGUCCGAGGCCAAUCUGGUCUACAGAGUGAGUUCCAGGACAGGGUCCAAAGCCACAGAGAAACUCUGUCUUGAAAAAGCGAACCUCAAACCCGGUUGUCCUAAACCUAUCUUGUGUUCUCACUCCCUGGAGCUCUGAGCUUGUUGGAGACUCUUAAUAGAGUCUGAUGACUUAAGCACCCUGCGCACUGGUUACUUACAGAUCUGGGUUUGCGGCUGGCAUUCAGGGAGAACCUUCUCCCUUUCAUAGCCCCCUCCCUCAAGGUUCCUCAUAGCUUGGAGGCUGGUUUCCAAGGUGAGCUCCAGGUGGAGGCUGUGGUUGCCUUGAAAGUCACUUUUUUUCUGUCUACGGGCACUUGUACUCAUGUGUACAUAAUUUUAAAACAAUUUUUUUACAUACUUGUAUCCUCCCACAGUUUGGGUUAUGACCUGUCUCUAGCCAUUGAGAAAAGUUAGUUUGUCCUGUAUCCUUCCUGUGUGUUUGAGCCAUGAAUAAGAACCUGAAGAAGUAGUCAAGAGGAAGCUAGAGCAGCUGUCCUUGCCUGCUAAAA